AUGGUUGCAGAAAAGAAAGAUGGUUCUGUGGCUGUCUCCAAAGGGGAUUCCAACCGAAAAAGUGUGAAGAUUGAAGACUGUCCGACAUACAGUCAUUCUUCAGGUUCGUCUGUCAAUGAAAUGGUGAACCAAAAUGGCGGAGACUCAGAAGACUCGGUAUCGCCGAGAGCUGCCGGAUGCCGCACUAGAAGAAGGACAAUGAGUGGAGGACGAGCCGAACAUCAUCUUCUGACCACAAAAACUGGAAAGAAGAUAUAUACGAAAGGACGUCCUCCAUGGUACGAUAAAAAAGGAAAGUCUCUGAAACAUCCGUUCGUGAUUGGAGUUUGUGGUGGUUCAGCUAGUGGAAAAACUACUGUUGCUGAGAAAAUCGUUGAGCGACUCGGAAUACCAUGGGUCACAAUUCUAUCGAUGGAUAGUUUUUACAAGGUUCUCACUCCUGAAGAAAUUAAGGAGGCUCAUGAAUCAAGAUACAACUUCGAUGAACCGAAAGCUUUUGAUUUCGACUUGCUCUAUGAAAUCCUGAAAAGGCUUCGCGAGGGAAAGAGUGUUGAUGUCCCAGUUUACGACUUCAAUACCCACUCGCGAGAUCCAAACUCAAAGAUGAUGUAUGGUGCCGAUGUCUUGAUAUUCGAAGGGAUUCUGGCGUUCCACGAUGAGCGAAUCAAAAACCUGAUGGACAUGAAGGUUUUCGUUGAUACUGACGGUGAUCUUCGUCUCGCUCGUCGUAUCGUUCGAGAUGUGACCGAUCGCGGACGUGAUAUUGAUGGAAUCAUGGAGCAAUACUUUACAUUCGUAAAACCGGCGUUUGACAAGUACAUUGCUCCGUGUAUGGAUUCGGCAGAUCUCAUUGUGCCACGCGGAGGAGAAAACGACGUUGCCAUUGACAUGAUUGUUCAGAAUGUAAUGGCGCAGCUCGUCGAGCGUGGUUACGAUCGUAAUCAAAACAAUCGCGAUCGUCACGACUUGGUUCGCGAUGAUCUACCAGACUGUUUGCCGGAGAAUCUGUUCAUUUUAAAAGAAACUCCACAGGUGAAGGGUCUCGUCACAUUUGUUCGUGAUCGUGAUACGAGUAGAGACAAUCACAUCUUUUACUCUGAUCGAUUGAUGCGUAUCCUCAUCGAAGAAUGCAUGAAUCAUAUGCCAUACAAAGACGUUGAAAUCGAAAUGGCUGGAGGAAGAAAAACAAUUGGGAAAAGGAAGGAUGCUAUGAUCUGCGGGUUGCCAAUCAUGAGAGCUGGAGAAUGUAUGGAAACUGCUCUUCGCUCGAUUGUGAAAGACUGCGUCAUUGGGAAGAUUUUGAUCCAGACAAACGAAACCACCUUCGAUCCAGAGCUCCAUUAUAUUCGUUUACCUCCCCAUAUCACUCGGUACAAAGUUAUCAUCAUGGACGCCACUGUGACUACAGGAAGUGCAGCAAUGAUGGCCAUUCGUGUACUUCUCGAUCAUGAUGUCAAGGAAGAGGAUAUAUUUGUUGCGUCCCUGCUCAUGGGGCAACAAGGAGCCCAUGCCCUCGCUUACGCCUUCCCUAAGGUGAAACUGAUCACUACAGCAAUGGAUCAUCAAAUGACCGAAAAUUGCUAUCUGAUUCCUGGAAUGGGGAAUUUUGGAGACCGUUACUACGGUACCGGUAUUGAUCAAGAUUUUGACGAGCCAUUCGAGUCUUGA